GUGUUGAGCAAUGACAAGUCCCCCAACUCCACUGCCGGCUCUGCAUCACACCGCGCCGGUGUACGGCGGUGCCGCCUCCAGGCGUAAGCUGGGUAAAGGGAAUAGAAAUGCCUUUUCGUUAGACGGGUACCUCUCGUCCACCUCGCCACGCACGCCGCCGCUGCCGGCCCAUUCCGCCGCCACACCCACCGGCCUUCCCCAACAGAACGGCCUUUUCCGCGGCGCAACAAGCGACAGAAGUGACAUGUCCCCUGCGGAGGCGUUGCUCGCCGGCGACGGGGCUCUUGCGCCCCUCUCGGUGUCCUCCUCUCAGCCAUACAGUUAUGCGUCAGCGCUGUGGCGCAGUCAGCUGCUGCAAUGCGAGACGCAGCUGCGUGAGCUGGUCGCACAGGGCGUGCACGAGCCACCGUCGCUGGAGCGCACUCUCCAAGUGAUGAGCCUGUACGAUCAGGUGGCGAGUGAGGUGCAGGUGCAUCAGGGGAACACGUUUCUCGGCACCCUCCUUCGACUCUUCCGGGUCGAGUUCUGUCGCUCCAUUUUCCUUGACGGCAGCGGACCUGCCGAAGGCGAUGCCGCACCGGCCGCAGCUUCUCUGUCAUUGAGCAAAGACAAUUCCAAAGUCGAUGCCGCGGCGGCGACGGCCGGGUAUGACGGACUCCCACAGACCUACUUUGAAGAAACAGCCUCUCUGCAGCGCACCAAAGCCGCCCUAACAAGCACGCUUGCUGGCGCCACCUCUGGCGAGACGCUGCGCCUUCUGGAGCGGCAGCUGGAGGACCGAGGCGAGCAGGUCACCUGGUACGAAUGUGAGCUGGAGCGCGUCCGUCAUCAAUAUGAGCAGGUCGCGGAGGAGUGCUUAAGUCUGCGCAAAACGCUGGAUGUGCAGCACCGCGAGACCGCCGCGACACAGAAGCGCCUGCAGCAGGAUAUCCAGACCCUUCACGUGGAGAACAAGGACCUGCAAAUUCAGCUCUUCCGACUACGGAAGCAAAUCUCAGGCGGCAUGUCGUCACUGCUGAAGGACAGCUACCGGCAACUGAAGUUGAGCAAGAUGGGUCUGACGCAAAGCCUCUUCAACGAAGGCGACGAGCGUGUUGCGCUGCUUGUUUUUCUGGGGCAGGUGGAAAGCCGCGUGAACGAAGUCCUCGACUCGUACGACAACGACUUUGUGCUGAGGCCGGAGAACGACCGCCGCGAGCUGCAGCUGAAGAUGGCGCAGAACGUGUCGGUGCUGCUAGAGGACAUGCACUACUGCGAGGCGAGUUACCGUCGCCUAAUCGGUGCGCAUCAUGUAAGAAUUGUGGAGAGAGGCCAAAGUAUGAGCGGCGCUGCCUCCGGGAGAGGCGGAGAUGGCCUGUUAGGUGGACUGUCCACUGCAGCGCCGCUGCAGCGCAUUCCAGGGUCGUUGGUGCACAGCGGCAAGGAUGAGGAGGCCCCGGACGAGUCUGACGGAUACGUGGCCAUCCUCUUCGAUCCGAAGAUCUACGACCAGUUUCAGGGGCGCCACGCUGUCCAGGCACGGCUGCAGCAGUACAAGAAAGACCGAGAUGAAGACGCCAAGUCCUCCGGCGGCAAGGCGAAAAGCGAGUAUGGGCGCUUCUCGAUUACCUCGACGGAUGGCGGCUUUGCCACGGCGACCGCAGCGGGGGCGGGAGCCAAUAAGACACUGACACGACCUGAUGCCUUGUCUACGCUCCUGUCGGGCAUGUUCGGCGCGGAUCCGUCGGCCGGUAAAAGGCAGGCCGAUCCAGGCGGCGGCACACUUGCGGAGAUGGCCGUGGCUAGCAUCACUGCGAUGCCGUCGCGGGAAGAGAAAAUGAAGAAGUGGUCGCUGGACUCCUGCAGCUUUGGGAUAGGUGCCAGUUCCCUCAACGGCCGACCCGCGCCUCCCUUCGCGGUAAGCAGCACCAGCACGAGAAGCGAAGCGGCACCAACGAAGUUGGAGCGGCCCCCGCCGCUACCUGGUCGGCCCGCAAGGCCAGCGGGCUUUGGCACCGUGGUUGUGUCCCCACCGGAGAGCAACGAGCCAACACAGCAGCAACACAACGCCACCGCUGCGCCGGAGGCGACUCCCGUGGCGCAGGAGGUGUUCGAGGACGUCGUGGAGCGGCAGAAAGCGGAGUGGGUCGCGCAAAUUCUCGGGCCGCCCACCAUGUCCGUUGCCUUCACGGUGCCCGGUCGGCACCCCGAGAAGGGCGACGUCGUGGUGGUGCACGAGAGAUCGGCGGAGGUGGUGCCGGCGGAGCUCAUGAUGCGCCGCGUGCUGCGCCACCCCAUGGAGGAUUUGGGCUACGAGCGCUUUCUCUCGACGGUCGAGGUAUUUACGGGUGAGAACCCGACGCAGCAGCGCCUGCUGUGCCGCGUCAACCACAUCGACCCCUCGCUGCCGAUCCAACUGCCGGAGUCGACAAAUUUUGUGAAAGUGAAGUACGCCCUCACCAAGAACGCUGUGUCACCCGAGGUCAGCACACGCGGUGCGGGCAGCGUCGUCGCCACAACAAACGCAGGUACAGGCGCAGCAGGAGGCGUGAAUACGGCGACGGCGGUGGAAGAAGAGGAUAAAUCGACGCUCGCCGUCUUUAGGGGCAAUCCCGAUCUGCGACUCUUCAAGGCCCUCGGCAGCAAAGGACUUGUCGACGGCAACUUGGGUCUCCAGUACUGCGCCGGGGCGGUCAACUCCACGACGGCGUCCACGGUGGCCUUCCAGCGGCUCCACCCCACCUCACCCAACCGCGCCCCGGAGUGGCUGCUGUACCAGCAGCUCUUUGGCUCCUACCGCUCCCUCACCCCGCGCAUGAUGGAAGUGACGACGAUCGACCACGUGAUGGCGUGCGCUGCGGAGCGCUACUUUACCCGGAUGGAGUACCGCUACGACGAGUGCUACCUGCGGGCGGCUGGGCAGUGCACGAACUACCAGGUGCGACGCGACAUGACGGAGCGUCUCUUCAAGGACUUGUAUGUCUUGAGCGAUUUUCAGGAAGCCCUGGUUGAUGAGCUGGAGGCGCGGUACGGCUUUCCGGAGCUCGUCGCCAAAAUCCUUUAUGAAAUGCUCUGCUACCUGAACGCGGUGAGUGAGAAGGACAAGGUUUUCGCGGCGUACCUCAGCGUGAUUCGCGGCUUUGCGGCGCCGACCGAGAUACACUUCAUGUCUUACAUGCUCUACCACCUGAGCUACUGUUGGCCCGAGUCGAACCCGAGCACGCCCGUUGCGGUGGAAGACGUGCGAACCGUGCUGGAGUACGUCUACCGCAACGCGUCCACCAUCAUGCUCAUCAAGCCGGAAGCCAUCCUGAACGACUACGACAUGGCCACCCGAUCCGCACCGAUGAACUUUGUGAACUUCCGUCAGUUUAUCGCCUCCACCAUGACGCACCAGGAGGAACCUAUCCUGCUGCAUCUGCACGGUCUCUUUCACACCUACACCCAGCACGCGCUGGUGGACGAGGCGGGGUGGGAGGCCUACGAGGUGGUGAUUGGCAAGCUGUGGCGCCAGAAGGAUGAGCGUCGCAGCAUGGUGCGGUACCUCACGAGUUGUUUAGGUGUGAAUCGCACCACAUCGCUUACCCUGUCACAGCUGACGUUGCUGGCAGCCAGCGCGUGGAGUUCCAACCUGUGGGAAUGA